UAAGUCGGCAGAGUAGUGUUUAAAUACGAAAUUUUCUUAAACGCAACAGAACUAUAUGCGUAUUAAAAACACAGUUUUGUAAUCUUUCAGAAUAAAUAAAAUGGCAGCGAAGUUUUUAGUUUUCUGUGGGCUAGUCUCACUAGCGUCAGCAACGAUAAAGCUCCAAGAAAUAUUCUCGUGGAACGUGGUCGACUGGAACUACCCGGACCAAUUCUCGAAGCAGCAGGCUCUCAGGACUGGUGCUCUGAUACCAGAGAACGCACUGCCCGUUGGUAUCGAAAGGUGGAGGAACAAAUUGUUCGUCAGCGUUCCUAGGUGGCGCUCAGGUAUUCCAGCUACUUUGAAUUACAUUCCACUGGACGCUCCAUAUGAACCAUCCCCGAAAUUAACGCCCUACCCGAGCUUCGAAGGCAACGAAUUAGGCAAUUGUCAAACAGGACUGACUACUGUAUACAGGGUCAAAGCAGACCAGUGUGAUCGUCUUUGGGUAUUAGACGUUGGCACUUAUGGAUACGACAACGUUACAAAUGUGUGCCCGUACACGCUCAAUGUAUUUGACUUGAACACUGAUCAAAUCAUCCGUAAAUACGUGUUACGACCAGAAGACAUUGUCUCUACGACUUUCAUUGCCAACAUCGCUCUCGAUAUCGGUACCAGCUGUGAGGACACCUUUGCCUACUUCUCCGAUGAACUGGGCUAUGGUCUUAUCGCUUACUCGUGGGAACAGAACAAGUCAUGGAGAUUCAGCCACAGCUAUUUCAUGCCCGACCCUCUCGUCGGUGAUUUCAAUAUCGCUGGCUUGAAUUUCCAGUGGGGAGCUGAAGGUAUCUUCGGCAUCACGGCGUCUCCUAUCGGUGCCGAUGGUUACAGAACUCUGUACUUCUCACCUCUGAGCAGUCACACAGAAUUUUCCGUGUCGACCCGUAUCUUGAGAGACGAAACUAAAGUGAAAGGUUCCUACAAAGACUUCUCAGUUGUCGGAGUACGUGGUCCUGACGGUCAUACGACAGCCAAAGUAAUGGACGACUCCGGUGUCCAGCUUUUCAACUUGAUCGACCAAAACGCUGUCGGCUGUUGGAGGUCGUCCCUGCCCUACAAACCUCAAAAUAUCGGAAUUGCCGAUAAAGACGACGUUGGCCUUGUUUUCCCCGUAGACGUCAAAAUUGAUGAUGAGAAAAAUGUAUGGGUUAUGUCAGACCGUAUGGCUGUAUUCCUUGAAGCCGAAUUGGACUAUAGUGAUAUUAACUUCAGGGUUUAUACUGCACCUUUAGAUACCCUAAUUCAAGGAACCGUUUGUGAAGCGCCAUUGCCAGUGCUUCAGGCACAGCAAAUACUUAAGCCACUCCAACCGAUCAAGGCUCUUCCUCGAGCGAAACUCUACAAUCAUGGCCUGGGAGUAACAGCAACUCCUUUCUCUGAAGCCGUUGCGGUAUACAGACCAGGCUCAACGAAAUCUGAACUGACAGGUUCUUAUAGACAACCGAUUAUAAAGAACACUGCUCCUAAAGUUCAGAACUACAUUUACAUUCCGAAACAAACUUCAUCCGCUUAUACAUCUGGUCAAUUUACUAGGCCGAAAAGUACCAACAAAAAUCCGUGGUGGAAUAAAGCUACCAACUACAAUUACGAAGUUUUUGAACCUUGAAAAACAUUGUUUGAUUCAAAUUCUCAAUUCCUAGAUUAAAAAAUGUAAUAUUAAUAGACAUUAUGUAUUAAAUGUGAGGCUUUCUAUUGCAAUAAAUAAAUAUAGAGCGUUUAAGCAGAGACAAUUUCUUAAAAGUGUCGUAAACUCUUUAUAAUAAACUUUCAGAAACCAUUUAAAAACAAAACUUCUAGUACACUAUGAAAUUUAUCAAUGAAUGAAUCCAUUUGGUGAUAAAAAAAUUGUGAUGGUUGUAAUAUUAUUGUUGUUUAGUGUUAUUAUGUAUCUUUUAUUACUUAUUUAAUUUUUUUUAUAAAUAUGUAGUAAGUACUAGGUCGGUACAAGAUUGUUGAUUUUGUAAUAAAAGUUG